AUGUGGAGACUCCAUGAAGAAGGAAACAACAGUUUCAGCCUGAGCAAUGUUGUUUCUGGCAGCCGCAUCCUCGCCCAGAGCGGCUACGAAGGGGCGCAGGGCUUUUUCGCCGUUGCGGACGGCCCGGUCUACCAGGACCAAAAGUGGCAUCUUAUGAUGCAGACGGACGGAACCUUCGUCAUCGCUAAUGCUAAGUCCGGUCGACGCAUCUGGGCGCAGGACGAGGACCUUUGCUUGGAAGGGGUAGAGAUAAAUACGGGGCUUCCAACAACUGGGGAUCCGUUCGUGGAAGCCAUACUUGUUAGACUCUCAAAAUCAGGGCCCCUUGCUGGGCGCAUUUAA